GGAAUAAUUUUUCUGAAAGUUACCGGAACGCUCUCAGAAUCCACAAAGGUGUACCAAUAUAUUCAACUCCUCUCCCUACCCCCACCCCAAGCCUUCCCCCCCACAUCUCCCUUUCUACCUCUCUUCAAUUUUGCAAUUAAGCAAGCCCAGUGCAUGUAAAACUGAAUCUUAAUUCGCAACGGGAUCGAGAAGUAGAUCUGCCUGAAUCACGUCACCAUUUAUUCAAACAAACAAUGUAGGAACGAAUCAGGUGGAACCCAAGUACGUUUACUUUAUAUGCGCUUGUUUGGCUUAGAAAACUGGGAUUGGAUUUGGGAUUGUGGCAAUUGUUGUUUGGUUAAUUGCUCAUUUGGUGGUUAUAAAUAAAAGGGAGAGGGGGUAGAGAUUAGAAGCAAGUACGUGGGUGAUGGACAAUUUGUUGGGUCUUCUUAGAAUUCGAGUCAAGCGCGGUAUCAACCUCGCCGUGCGUGACGUCCGUAGCAGCGAUCCUUAUGCCGUCGUCAAAAUGGGUAAACAGAAAUUGAAGACUCAUGUUAUAAGGAAGGACGUCAACCCUGUAUGGAAUGAAGAUUUAACUCUUUCAAUUUCAGAUCCUAAUCUUCCAAUCAAGCUGACCGUGUAUGACCAUGACACGUUCAGCAAAGAUGACAAAAUGGGAGAUGCAGAGUUUGACGUAAAGGCAUUUGUGGAGGCGAUGAGAAUGGAUUUGCAUGGUCUUCCAGCCGGCACGGUUGUUUCGAGAGUGCAACCAUCAAGGCAAAACUGCUUGGCAGAAGAAAGCUGUAUUAGGUGGACAGAUGGGAUGGUUGCCCAAGAUAUAUGCCUUAGAUUGAGGAAUGUAGAGUGUGGUGAAGUGGAACUCUCUCUCCAUUGGAUUGACCUCCCUGGCAGUAAGGGUUUAUAGAUAAUAUACCUCCAUAAGUGAUCUAUAUCUUUAUCUGUUUGAUGCAACUGGUAUUUGCUGAAGAACACCAAAGGGAGCGUCAUAGAGUGGGUGUUUUUUCUUUUCUAUAGACAUGUUUCAGAUUGAUCUUUUUUUGCAUCAAGGGUUGCAGCUCGGUGUGUGAGCUUGAUGAACUUGGUUGUUGUCAAUAUAACAUCCUAGUUUACCCUUCUUGUUGUUUGGUCAAGUGCAUGCCAAGAAGGAUGGAUUUCAUUCAUAAUUUGAAAGCAUAUGGUUCUUUCGCCA